ACAAUCAGAGGCUGGCGCAAUCGGUAAGCAUCGUGCGAAGCACACUUAUCAAACGGUGGGACGGACCGUUGGUCAUAUUUCUUCCACUAUAAGUCAUACUUGCACUAGUGCGACCAGUAUCAUGCAUCGAGCUAGAUUUUUACACGGAUAGUGAUGCUUCAGCACAAACAGCACGUUUUGACCGUUUUUCGAUAAUCAAUUAUAUUCGGCUACGUCGGGCACGAUAUCAUCGCGAUGGCGGUGUGCAGUAGUGGUACCUAGUACCAACUAAACGGGUCGCGUGGAAGGAAAGAAGCAGAAGAUCACCACCGAAAUAGCGAAAAUUGACACCCGCUAAUCUCUGGCAGCCAUCGGUCAGCCAUCAAGACCGCGACUAGGCAGCGCAGCGACUUGCGAGCUUCUGUCGUUGUAAGGUCCAGCCACACGCGCCGAACUACUAGUCGUCAGUGAAGUGUCCCAGGGUGAAGUCAUUCGAACGCUGGAUCGAACGUUCUGCUUGUACAGAGAGUGUGUGAGAGACCGCAGGGACCUGUGCGCCAAACAAAAAAAGAAAGCUGAUAAAAUGAAGUUCACACCGCCUCCCGCAUCGCUACGAAAUCCUUUAAUCAUCCCGGAAAAGAUAAUGAUGGGUCCUGGGCCGUCCAACUGCUCCAAGCGCGUGCUGACAGCGAUGACCAACACCGUGCUGAGCAACUUCCAUGCCGAACUGUUUCGCACGAUGGACGAGGUCAAGGAUGGGCUGCGAUACAUUUUCCAGACGGAAAAUCGUGCCACCAUGUGCGUUAGUGGUUCGGCGCACGCCGGCAUGGAAGCUAUGCUCAGCAAUCUGCUCGAGGAAGGCGAUCGUGUGCUGAUCGCAGUGAAUGGAAUAUGGGCCGAGCGAGCGGUCGAAAUGUCUACGCGCUAUGGGGCGGACGUGAGAACGAUCGAGGGUCCGGCAGAUCGUCCGUUUAGCCUGGAAACGCUGACCAGGGCGAUCGAGCUUCAUCAACCCAAGUGCCUGUUUCUGACGCACGGGGACUCUUCGAGUGGCCUGCUGCAACCGCUGGAAGGUGUCGGUCAGGUUUGCCACCAGCACGACUGCUUGCUUAUCGUCGAUGCCGUUGCAUCGCUGUGCGGUGUACCGUUCUAUAUGGACAAAUGGGAAAUCGAUGCCGUGUACACGGGGGCUCAAAAAGUGCUCGGAGCACCACCGGGAAUUACUCCCAUUUCUAUUAGCCCCAAAGCGCUAGAUGUUAUUAGGAACCGUCGUACCAAGUCUAAAGUAUUCUAUUGGGAUCUGUUGCUGUUGGGCAAUUAUUGGGGCUGCUAUGACGAGCCUAAACGUUAUCAUCACACAGUUGCGUCUAAUCUCAUAUUCGCUCUACGCGAAGCUUUAGCACAAAUUGCGGAAGAAGGGCUGGAGACACAGAUCAAACGUCGCACAGAAUGUGCACAAAUUCUUUACGAUGGUCUAGGCAAGAUGGGUCUCGAGAUAUUCGUCAAAGAUCCUAGACACCGUUUGCCCACGGUGACCGGUAUCAUGAUACCGAAGGGUGUUGAUUGGUGGAAGGUAUCGCAACACGCUAUGAACCAUUUCUCGUUGGAAGUUCAGGGCGGACUUGGACCCACAUUUGGAAAAGCCUGGCGUGUGGGUAUUAUGGGUGAAUGUUCCACAAUCCAAAAAAUACACUUCUACCUCUACGUCCUCAAACAAUCGCUUCAAGCAACACAUCCCGAUUAUGUGUUUGAGGCAACCAAUGGAUUUCAUUAGACUAAAGGAGAGAAAAAUGCAUCCAUGUAUUACUACUGCAGCAAAUGGGUACUAUUACACUUAACCUAUAAGUGUAGAAAGUAGACUCAGGCGUACAUGCUGAAAUAAAAUUAAUAUUAGUGCAAUUAAAGGCCGAACCAUCUCAGCUUACGGGCUGAAGAUCCAAUCAUCUCUAAACUAAACACUACUCAGACAUUCAUCUAGCUGGUACACAACACUGAUUAUUCCACAAUAAAUUAUUGUGCAAAAGAAA